AAUUGAGUUCGAUUUUCCUGUGAAAUCCAGGCUUUGUUCAAACACUGAAAACUGGGAAACUGGCAAAUUGAACAAACCCUACACCUCGAGCCGAUUGAUCUAUCUGUCGAGAGGGACGAUGGAUAUCGAGCGCAAGCAAUCGGAGGUCAUCGAUAAAUUCGUGAAGCAAGCCGCCAGCGUCGAUGCGUCAGCUUCCAACCUCGCUGCCCUCGUCCUCGAGGCCACUGCUCACCCCUCUCUCUUCGCCUUCUCUGAAAUUCUCUCCGUCCCCAACCUCGCCAAACUGAAAGGAACGCAAUAUUCAUCGUCUCUUGAUGUGCUUCGUUUGUUUGCCUAUGGUACAUGGAGUGAUUACAAGCGUAAUGUUGGUUGCCUUCCAGUUCUAUUACCUGAUCAAGUCCGUAAGUUGAAGCAACUCACUGUGUUGACAUUGAUUGAGACAGAAAAGGUAUUGCCUUAUGAUCAACUCAUGGAAGAACUAGAUGUCUCAAAUGUGAGGGAGUUAGAAGACUUCCUUAUAAGUGAAUGCAUGUAUGCGGGUAUUGCACGGGGAAAACUUGAUCACUUGAGAAGAUGCUUUGAGGUGCAAUUUGCUACUGGAAGGGACCUUAGACCUGAACAACUUGACAACAUGAUCCAUACGUUGAGUAGCUGGUUGGGCACUUCAGAUAGUUUGCUCCACAUGAUCCAAGAGAAAAUCAAGUGGGCUGAUACAAUGAGUGAGGCAAACAAGAUACAUAGGAAGGAAAUUGUAGACAAGGUAGAAGAGGUGAAGAAAUCCCUCAAGAAGUCAAACUCCAGGUUGACUUGGACUUGCGAGGACACGAAGAGAGCUUUUCUGAAUCUGGAGGAAUGAUGGAUUAUGAAGAGGAUCGUGUUCGACCAAAGAGGUGAACUUUGGAAUUGCCACUGCAGGAGGCGGCCCCCAAUGCCUUGAAGCUAGAGAUUGAUCGAUUGGCCUAAUUUAAAGUAGUUCUUCGACUCUUGAUUUAGUUGGCAGUAUUUUGAAGUCGAUGACAUUCUUCAGCCAGUCUUCUCGUCUUGUAUCCCAGAUUAGUGUGGGUAUCUGUCGCCAGUGUAUUUGCUGCUUGUUACGCCACCCUGUCCAAAUGCAAACUUCAACUCGCAACCACAUUGUUUCAAUGGAUGCUGUUUUAUAGAGUUGUAUUUAGAUGCCAUGCUUUGCAAUAACCAGCUUUGAGAUCA